AUGCUACGUUUAGGCAACUCUGCAGAAGGGUUGAAGGAGUGGGCCACAAAUUGUACAUGGACAAUUCCUUUUCAUCACCAGACUUGUUUGACGAAGAAAAUAAGUUGCUGUGGGACAUUCAGGCCGAAUCAGAAGGGCUUGCCUCAAGACUUUCGCAACAGACAACUUCAAUUGAAGAAAGGUGAUGUUCAGGUUAGGGUGAGAGGGGACAUGACAGCACUAGUUUGGAAGGAUAAACGUGACAUUCAUAUGUUGACAAACAUGCACUCUCCUCCAGCAGCAGGCAAUUUCUGUAAUGAGCAUGGAAAUGCCAUCAAACCAGCAACUGUUGCGGAUUACAACAAGCACAUGGGAUAUGUCGACAAGGCAGACAGAAUGACAAACAGCUAUUCCAUCAGUCAUCGUACCUGGAAAUGGACAAACAAAUUGUUCUUCCAUCUCUUGGAUUUGACGAUUCUGAACAGUUUCAUCAUGUUGUCAUGA